CGCCUCUUAAACCCGCCUCUUCCUCUUUCCCCGCCCCGAAUCGCGUCCCCCCAGUUCACACCGCAAAUUUCGAAAAAUCCCCCACCUGAUCCGACCUAAUCCCGCCUCAGAUCGCGCGAGGGGAGCAGGAAUCCGCGCUCCUCAUCCCCGCCCACCCAUCGAUCGAUUCAGCAGCCGAGCGCGAAGGGUUCUCCCGCGGCGGCGAUGGAGGAGGAUCCGUUGAUCCCGCUGGUGCACGUCUGGAACAACGCCGCGUUCGACCACGCCUCCGCCUCCUCCGCGUGGCACGCCGCCCACACCGCGGCCGCGGAUUCGGGCGUCGCCGAGGGGGACAAGGAGAACCACCGCCCGGAGCCCGAGGCCGCCGCCGACGUCCAAGCGGAGAUCGGCCACAUCGAGGCGGAGAUCCUGCGCCUCUCCUCGCGGCUCCACCACCUCCGCACCUCCUCCAACCAGACGCCGGAGCCCAAGCGCGGCGCGGGGGAGGCCGCGCCCGCGGCGAAGGCGGUGGUGGUGCGGCCGCGGACGAGGGGGCUCAGCCUCGGGCCUCUCGACGUCAUCGCCGCCGCCAAACCCAACCCGUCGCUCCACGAGAAGCAGCAGCAGCCGCCGCCGCGCGCCGCGCAGCCGAAGCCGAUCAAGCAGGCUCCGGCGCCGCGAGGCAGGGGGUUCAGCCUCGGGCCCCUCGACAUCGUCGCCUCGAACCCUAGGGUGCCCGCCGCCGCGCCGCAGAGGAAGGUUCAGGGCGAGGGCGGUCCCGCGCGCCCGAUCCUGAAGCCGAUCAAGGAGCCCCCGGUGCAGCGGCGCAGGGGAGUCAGCCUCGGGCCCUUGGAGAUCCACCACGGCGCCGGCAGCAAGCUGGGGGCGGCAGCGGCAGCGGCGCGGGUCAAGCCGUUCUCCAGUAAGCUCUCUUCCGUCCGAGAAGAUGGCCAGCGUUCCAAGCAGAACGCCGUCCCCGCCAGACCUUGGCCAUCCAGCAAUGCCAGGCAAGGGACUGCAGCAAGCAGAGCCAAGGCGAGGAGCGGGAGCAUGAGCCCCAGGUCCAGGAGGCAGUCGGCUUCCAAGGCUACUGAGACAGCGGGAGGCAACACCAAGGCUACAGAGACAAGGGGACGCAAUGCUGCAAUUGCAGUUAACAAGGGGGAUGAUGAGCUCAAGCCCAAAGGCGUGGUCAAUCACACAGGCAAUGCAGCCGUUGCGAAGAGGCCAGCGGGGAGCUCCAAGGUCAGGAUCGUCCCAAGUCGCUACAGCCUCACGCCUGGCUCAUCCCUGGCAGCUGGAACACAAGAGAAGCGGUGUAAGCAGUCUCUCCCAGGUUUGGCAGGUGGUUCAAGCCAGAGGGUGGAGAUCAGAGCAAAGCUUACAGAGCCAUCGACUGAUGAGCUGUCUCCUGAAACCAUCGCCAAGGUUGCAGAGCUGCUCCCAAGGAUCAGGACCAUGCCGCCUUCUGAUGAGAGCCCACGCGACUCGGGAUGUGCCAAGCGUGUUGCGGAUUUGGUCGGGAAGCGAUCCUUCUUCACCGCUGCCAUGGAUGAUGGCAAUGCCGUCACACCCUACCAGGCACGGGUGCUCGAAGUUGAAUCACCCGAGGCAGGAGAAGCAGCAGCAUGAUAAGUUCAGUUCCGACCAACAGCUCGGUUCCCCUUCUUCGUGAGUGUUUUAAGUGCCUGCUUGACUUGAGCUUGCAUCUGGGUGAGGCCUUUUUUGCAGUGUGCUACUACAUAGUCUACUGUAACAUUCAUAUCAUAUCUCAUGUCCUAUUUCUUUUGUCGAGACUUUGCUAGUAAAUGUAUGUGACCUUGCAAAAAGAGAGUGAAAAGGUCCCUGCUCCAGUGGGUACUUCGAGUUGUAAGUGUGUUCUCGGUUUGAUGAAGUACAGGAUCAUGGUUUGGGUUGAUAAUAUGCCUUCUCCUUUUGUCCUGUUUUGCUU